AUGACGAAAACUCAAGACAGCCCAUUGCAGGUCGCCGUCGUGGGAUAUGGCCUGGCUGCCAAAAUCUUCCAUAUACCCUUCAUCCAAGCCUCACCUCUCCUCAAGUUGCACUCGAUCGUACAGCGCAAACCGACCAAGGAAUCAUCGGCCCCCAAUGACCACCCCUCGCUCGCGCAUUAUACCACCCUCGAUCCCGUACUUCAAGAUCCGGCGAUUGACCUCGCUGUCAUUACAACCCCUCCGGACUCCCACUUCAAUCUGUCAAAGCUCUGUUUACAGGCUGGAAAGCAUAUUCUUGUCGAAAAACCAUUUGUGCCAACGGUUGAUGAAGCCGACCAACUGAUCCGCAUUGCCCGCGAGAACAAGCGCUUGAUCUGUGUAUACCAGAACAGACGAUGGGACAGCGAUUUUCUCACUGUCAGAGACCUGAUCAAAGAUGAUAUUUUUGGUCGGAUUUACGAGGUUGACACGCAUUUCGACUAUUAUCGCCCUGAGCAUUUCGAGACCUGGAGAGGCCAGUUAGGCACGACCGAGGGUGGUGGUGCCCUGUUCGACCUGGGAGCGCACCUGAUCGACCAAGCUUACACACUAUUUGGUCUGCCUUCUUCGGUGUACGGGGUGCUCUCGAGCCAACGAGAUGGACGCAUAAGCCCAGACAAGCCGGAUAGCGUACAAGCGCAGCUGAACUACGCCAACGGGCUCAUCGUGAACAUUCGAAUCAGCGAUAUGAGUGUUGAGUCAACUCAGAGGCGAUUUUGGAUUCGUGGAACGAAAGGGUCUUUCACCAAGAAUGGGAGAGAUUCGCAAGCAGCCCAGCUUGAGGCGGGUUUGGCUCCUGAUGCUGCUGGGUUUGGAGUGGAAGAUCCUGCGUACAAAGGGCGGCUAAUUUGUGUCGAUGAGAACGGGAAAUUUCAGGGGCGGGAUUACCAUGUCGAGGCACCCAAGACAUAUGGAGGCCUCUAUGAAGCCUUUGCAGAGGCGAUCCGGUCUGCGAGUGAAGAUGCUGUCCCAGUACCGCCAACCGAGGCCAGGGAAGUGUUGCGGGUCAUUGACGCGAUUUACAGGAGCGCCAAACUUGGACAGGUGGUUCAUAUUUAA